AUGUUCCAAGCCGUGAAAGUAGCCCCAGAGGAUGCCAGAUUCCAUAGAUAUGUCUUCGCAGAGAGUCCAGAAGAUCCAAUCAAAGUCUACGAGUUGACAACAGUGACCUUCGGGGACAAGCCGUCACCGACGGCAGCCACCAUAGCCCUACGUCAUGUCGCCACAGAAAACGCCCCCGAUGAUCCCGAGAUUCGACGUGUAGUCGAAGAGCAGUUCUAUGUCGAUGAUUUGACAGAGUCACAGAGAGAUGUCGAAGAAGUCAGUAAGAUGAAACAUAAGCUUACCACCACGUUGAACACGGGACAAUUUGUUAUCAGAGAUUUGUUGUCUAACAAGAAGGAGAUAUGCGAUAAACAGUGCUAUCCUCCUGAUGAAGCAACGACUGUACUAGGGACCAAAUGGAACCUGUCAGAAGAUACGCUACAAGUGAAGAAGGUCAACGAUGCUGAUACCAUUGCUACGAAACGCAACCUCUUGAAGAAAACAGCCUCCUACUACGAUGUCUUUGGUAUCCUGUCCGGAGUCCUGGUUCGACCGAAGAUAAUCCUGCAGAAGCUGUGGACAUUCGACGUUGGUUGGGACACGCCUAUCAGCCCGUUUGACGGCUUCAAUCAUGCGGUAGAUGUCAAACGUGAUCUUCGAGAACUUGACACCAUCAAGGUCAACCGUUGCCUUAUUCCCCAGCGGUACCAGGGUAAAUCACCAUUGCCGAGAGUCUCACUCCAUGGUUUCAGCGACGCCUCCGAUGAUGCCAUGGGAAUGGGUAUCUGGUUGCGAUGGUCCGAAAAAGAAGAUGAUGAAGCUGAAUUGACGUUCGUUUGCGCAAGAGCCCGUUUAGCAUCUCUGAAGCAAGUCAGUAUACCACACAAAGAACUAUAA